GGCAGCCCGGCCCCACUCAACAUGAACCACUACGCUAAUAAGAAGAGUGCGGCUGAGAGCAUGCUGGAUGUGGCUCUGCUGAUGGCAAACGCCUCCCAGCUGAAGGCCGUGCUGGAGCAGGGGCCGCGUCUUUCCUUCUUCACCCCCCUAGUCGCCCUAAUCAGCAUCUCCCUCUGUCUGCAGGUCACAGUCGGGGUCAUGCUUAUCUUCAUAGUUCGAUGGAAUCUGAAUGAUGAAGGAAAGCAUUGGAGGCUGGACACGAUGGAAAACGUGGCCACAAGCCUGGUUUUUAUCAUCGUGGUGGUCAACAUCUUCAUCGCCGCUUUUGGAGUCAACCGGCCGAACAGCAAAGACUGACCCAAGGACUCGCACACAGGUGCUUCAGCAGCUCGGCUAACCGAACCUUGGUGGGUACGCUCAGGUUCCUGAACUGCAGAGAAACACAAACUGAAUCAAGUCCCUGCUCAUGUUUCUGUUCCGAGUGAAAACUAUAUCUAGAUACCUCAACCAAGGCCCUGAAGUAAGCAACAA